UAGUGCAUGGAAGCCACUAGGAAAUGCACUAUCCUAUGGUUGUGGAAUUCUAUAUCAUAAUUACUGGUACAUGACUUAGCUAGCAUGUGACUCGCAAUGAACGCUGCGUCAGUGAAGGUGGAAAGGGUUGUUUAUCGUUUCUUCAUUUGGACCUCUGUCACCUGACGUCAACAUGGCUCAAGAGCAGACGACAGAACUUGCUCAAAAAGGUUUCGGCUGGCGCCAUGUCCUGGUCCUCAUGGCGUUCUUCGGGACUGUCAAUCUCUACACCAUCAGGUUUGGUAUAAGUGUUGCCCUGGUGGCCAUGGUCAACCAAACUGCAGUCCUGGUUCCGAGCGGGAUCAAUGGCUCCGAGGAAUGCCCUCAGAAUAUUCAAAAUCAGACGAAUUCCACAGCGAAGGAUGGUGAAUUCGUCUGGGACGCCGAAACCCAGGGUAUAAUAAAUGGUGCAUUUUCCUACGGGUACAUCGUCACACAGAUCCCAGGAGGGUGGCUGGCGGACAAGAUCGGCGGGAAACACGUCAUGGGGACUGGGAUCUUUGGCAUGGGCAUACUGACAAUACUCAUCCCGGUGGCGGCAAGACUGAGUCUCUAUGCAUUCAUUGCUCUGAGGGUAGUCCAAGGGCUAGUCGGGGGCGUCAUGUAUCCUUCCCUCUUCUCUCUCCUGGGGAAAUGGUUACCGCCCAUCGAGAACACGCGGUAUACUGGUAUCAUACAGUCAGGGAUGUUCAUGGGGACAGUGAUAUCGAUGGCACUGUCAGGCGUUCUCUGCGAGUCUCUCGGGUGGCCUUCUGUAUUUUACAUAUUUGGUAGCCUGACGUUUAUCUGGUACGCUCUCUGGUUGUUCCUGGUGUACAGUGAGCCCAGUUGCCAUCCAAGGAUCUCAUCUCAAGAGAAAAACUACAUCAUGGCUUCCCUGCAGAUUACAAGUGGAACGAAAAAGGUAGAGCGGCGAACUCCCUGGAAAGCAAUCUUAACCAGCGCACCAGUGUGGGGCAUUGUGAUCGGUAUGACACUGCCAGCCUUACAAUACUUCACCUUGCUAACUAGCCUGCCGCAAUACAUGAAAGAAAUUCUGAGAUUUGACAUCAAUCAGAAUGGUCUGCUCUCUGCCGUACCCUACUUGGCUCUGUGGAUUAUUACAAUCUUUACCGGAUACUCGGCGGAUUUACUGCGGGAGCGAAGGAUUAUGUCCAUUACUGCAGUCAGAAAAUUAUACACCACACUCAGUGUUCUCAUCCCCGGGGCUUUCCUCGUAAGCGUCGGCUUCGUUGGCUGUGACCAGACUCUAGCCGUGGUCCUCCUCACCCUGUCCGUAGGGACCAGCGGCUUCACGUACGGAGGAAAGGACAACAACGCCUUGGACAUCGCGCCAUACUUUGCUGGCAGUGUCAUGGGAAUCAUCAACUGUGCGUCGAAUCUUCCGGCAGUUGUUGCGCCGUAUCUCGUUGGGUACAUAACAGAUGAAAAGCAAUCGAUCCACCAGUGGCAACUCGUCUUCUACAUCAACGCGGCGGUGGGUGUGGGCGGAUGGCUAGCGUUCAUGGCCCUGGGGAGUGGGGAACGCCAGGAAUGGGACAGAGAGGUUAUCUCGGUGGAGGAGAGGACAUAUCUUAUACAGGAUAGUGACGAGGAUGAUCGCGACCACAGACGGAAGGACAGUUACGGUCCAGUCAGAAACGAACGCAUUUAGAAACUUUGCUCAGCAACAUUGGGUUGAACACUGAAAUUGGGACCUUUUUAAAAGGUUGUGACGAAGACGAAGAGUUGUUCCAAGACACAUGUUGGUCUCCAGUAUGUUGGUACGUUUGGGUGGCAUUAAAGGUGUAGAGCCCGAAGCCCAGGGGGUUAUGGUUACCUGACGAUAACCGCUGCCGCCAAAACGAGACGCAACGUAUUAUACACUGCAAACAGUUGUAACGUUGUAACGAAGCUGUUUUAGAAUAUUGAUUCGAUGUAAUUUAUGUUUAAUUUUAUCACUUGUAAAUUAUUAUGUUGUGCAAUAAAAUCUUGAC